AUGACCUCUUUGGGGUCUUCAGUAAUUUGGCUCUUCAGGAUCUUAGUUUUCCUCAUAGGACUUGGCAUUGUUGUACUUAUGUUCAGAAGUGCGGAGUUCAGUAGCCCCACGCCAGAGCUCCCUCAUUCUGCUCUGGCUAACCAGAUGCCGAAGCUUCUACCUGAGGAACGUCUCAGGAACCUCUUUACCUAUGAUGGAAUCCGGCUGUUCCCGAAAAACCAGUGCAAAUGCGAAGCUACCACACAGCAGGAAAGCUAUAACUUUCAGGAUGCUUAUGGCCAGAGUGAGCUCCCUGCGGUGAAAGCAAGGAGACAGGCUGAAUUUGAACACUUUCAGAGGAGAGAAGGGUUGCCCCGUCCACCUCCGCUGCUGGCUCAGCCCAACCUCCCUUUUGGGUACCCGGUCCAUGGGGUAGAGGUGAUGCCCCUGCACACAGUUCCCAUCCCAGGUCUCCAGUUUGAAGGACCAGAGGCCCCCAUCUAUGAGGUCACCCUGACAGCUUCUCUGGGGACACUGAAUACUCUCGCUGACAUCCCAGACAGUGUGGUGCAGGGCAGAGGCCAGAAGCAGCUGACCAUUUCGACCAGUGACCGGAAGCUUUUGAAUUUCAUCCUCCAGCACCUGAUAUACACCAGCACGGUGUACCUGCACCACAGGGUGGAUGUCGUGAGUCUGGAGUCCAAGUCCUCGGUGGUCAAGUUUCCAGUGACCAUCCGCUAUCCUGUCAUCCCCAAGUUAUAUGACCCUGGACCAGAGAGGAAGCUCAGAGACCUGGUGACCAUUGCCACCAAAACCUUCCUCCGUCCCCACAAGCUCAUGACCAUGCUACGGAGCAUUCGUGAGUACUACCCAGACUUGAUAGUGAUCGUGGCCGAUGACAGCAAGGAGCCCCUGAAGAUUAAUGACAACCAUGUGGAGUACUACACCAUGCCCUUUGGGAAGGGUUGGUUUGCUGGUAGGAACCUGGCCAUCUCUCAGGUCACCACCAAAUACGUUCUCUGGGUGGACGAUGAUUUCCUCUUCAACAACAACACCAAGAUAGAGGUGCUGGUGGAUGUCCUCGAGAAAACAGAGCUGGACGUGGUAGGUGGCAGUGUACUUGGGAAUGUGUUCCAAUUAAAGCUGUUGCUGGAGAAGAGUCAGAAUGGGGACUGUCUUCACCGGAGACCAGGCUCUUUUAGACCCCUGGAUGGCUUUCCCCGCUGCGUGGUGACCAGUGGUGUUGUCAACUUCUUCCUGGCCCACACGGAGCGACUCCAGAGAGUUGGCUUCGACCCCCGCCUGCAGCGGGUGGCUCACUCAGAGUUCUUUAUCGAUGGGCUCGGGAGCUUGCUCGUGGGGUCAUGUCCAGAAGUGAUAAUAGGUCACCAGGCCCGUUCUCCGGUGGCCGACCCGGAGCUGGCCACCCUGGAGAAGACCUACAGAGCAUUCCGGACCAACACCAGGAAGCAGGUCCAGUUCAAGCUGGCUCUCCACUACUUCAAGAAUCAUCUCCAGUGCUCUACAUGA